AUGAAGCUAUUUGAUAUGACAAAUGACCUGGUUAAGUCUUUCAGGCGAAUUUGUUUGAAAUUGAUGGAUCCAGCAUCACUCAAUUUAAGGUUGCGUAUUGUUGGCACUAGAGACACAGCAUCUCGACGGUAUGAACUUCCGACUGGUUCUGAAUUAGCUGGACUCAUUCUGGGUGACUUCUUGACUAACAAGGAAGAACGCAACAUAAUUAUCAACCAUCGGUCACUAAAGAGGAAACAUGUGACUCAAAGAGAAGACUAUGCCUUCCGCCUACAGCAUAGAGAUGACGAGGGCCAAACAUUGAUGCGUGGUGGCAAGGCACUCCAGCAUUAUGUGGUCGAUGCUUAUUCCACAAUCGAACAGAAUCGACUUUACUAUCUACGCUCACAUCAAGAAGACCUUCGCUCUGAAUUGUACUAUGGUCUCACGGAUGCUUUCAACAGAGGUGAUGUUACAGGAGAUGAUGUUGUCCAUGUUGUGUUGCCAUCAUCGCAUACCGGGAGUCCUAGGUACAUGAAGCAAUUAUACCUAGACAAAAUGGCAGUUGUCCACCAUCAUGGUAGUCCGGAUCUGUUCAUUACCUUUACGAGCGAACUGAAACCAGACAUUGUGGCCAGGGUUUUCCGCAUGAAGCUUAAUUCACUGGAAGAUGAAUUGACACAAGGCCACUUUUUUGGCCAAACAGUAGCAGAUGGUCUACGGUUUCUUAUUAUAAAUGAGGAUGGAGUGCCCUCCAACUAUACCCGCAAUAUUGUUUACCAGGAAGCAUUUGCUGACCUUCAGAACCCAUCUUCUUAG